CAGAGGGCAGGAAAACAACAGAAAUGACACCUGAAAACUCAAUAAAGAAGCAGAGUUGAAUGAUCAUGAAUGUGAAGAAGCAGCUGUGGUCCCUGGGCCGCAUUGUCCUGCCCGGCGUGGGGUUUGGGAUGACCUGCGCUGGGUCCUACCUGGUGUCCCUGCAGAUAAAGUACGAGUACUCCACGAGGGUCAUCCCUGCCUACAUCAUGGUCGUGUUCGGUAUCCUGGCUGUGUUCGUCGGAGUCUUCUGGACUGUCUGCCACAGCAUGAAGAAAAACAUGUACCAGGGAGGAGGACAUGGAGACAAUACCCAGGUCUACACUAUUGAAAGACCGAGCUCAUUCCCUCCACCGUACGAGGAAUCCCACGGCAGCCCGGGGCGUCCUGAAACCGCCUCUGGGUCUGUAGUCGUGGUGGACGGGCUGAACGUGACGACGAGCUUCGCUCCUCCUCUGUACAGCCAGGACAGCUCGGACGCUCCCGACUGCACGUGGAGCUGGGAGCAGCCUCCUCCGUACAGCCGGGUGGAGCACAUACAGCAGGGAGAGGAGGAGGAGGAGGAGCGGACGGAGGCCUUGACCGGACCCUGA